AUGUCCCCUCCCACUGGUUCAGAUACAUUCAGAGGCUGGGUCGCCCACGACGCCACCAAACCCCUUACCUACACAACCUACACUCCAAAACCAUUCACCCCCACCGACGUCGAAAUCUCCAUCUCACAUUGCGGCAUCUGCGGCACCGACCUCCACACCCUUCGCUCAGGCUGGGGUCCAACAGACUAUCCCUGCGUUGUCGGCCACGAGAUAAUCGGCACAGUGACACGCAUCGGCAGCGCCGUCGAAUCCCAAUCCACCCCACAAAGAAUCCGCAUCGGCGACCGCGUCGGCAUCGGUGCACAAAGCGAUGCCUGUCUGCGCGCAGACUGCGAGGCCUGCGCCGAUGGCGAAGAAAGCUACUGCUCCCGCAUGACGGGCACAUAUAACGGGCGCUACGCAGAUAAGUCAAAGUCCUUUGGCGGGUUUGCGGACAAAUGGCGCGGACCGGCGCAUUUCGUUUUCCGGAUUCCGGAUUCCUUGCCGUCUGCUGAGGCAGCACCGUUGCUUUGUGGGGGGGUUACUGUGUUUGCGCCGAUGCGGAAGCACGGCGUUGGGCCUGGGAAGACGGUGGGUGUGAUUGGGAUUGGGGGGCUUGGGCAUUUGGGGAUUUUGUUUGCCAGGGCAAUGGGCGCGGAUCGUGUCGUUGCUAUCUCGAGAUCAUCGGGGAAGAAGGCGGAUGCUGUUGGUGCGCUGGGUGCGGAUGGGUUUAUCGCUACUGCGGAGGAGAAGGGGUGGGCGAAGAAGCACUCGCGCACUCUGGAUGUCAUCCUGUGUACUGUUUCUGCGCAUGAUAUGCCCUUUGCGCAGUACUUGAGACUGCUCAAGCGGGAUGGGGUUUUUGUGCAGGUUGGUGCGCCUGAGGAGGCUUUGCCGCCGCUCAUGGCUUGGAGCUUGAUUCAGAAGAGUGUUAAGGUUACUGGGUCGAAUAUUGGGUCGCCUAAUGAUAUUCGUGCGAUGUUGGCUCUUGCGGCGGAGAAGAGGGUUUUGCCUUGGAUUCAGAAGAGGGACAUGGCUGAUGUUAACCAAGCGCUGAUUGAUAUGCAUGAGGGGAAGGCAAGAUAUCGGUAUGUCUUGCAGAAUGGGUGGAAUCAGGCGAAACUGUAA